AUGGCGGAAAGUCAUGCCAUUACUAGCGGACGCAAGGCUAUCAUGUUGUUGCUCCUGAUCAACGCGGCUAUGGCCGUACAACAUGCUGGGAUACCCGAGAAUUCGCAGACCAGACCACCGAAACGGCAGAGGGAAAAGCACCCUCGUCCCCAGACAUCCAUGCAGAGCUGGCACGCUGGCCGUAAGCAUUACAAAUGGUACUACUCAACCGAACCAGCAAUUUCAGAAAUGACCAACCCACCUCAUGGUCUCCACGAAUUCCUCAGGGGAUACUUACAUCUCAAAAGCGGCUCAUGGUCAAAAAACAAGCCACACCCUCUCACAUCAUGGAGCGCUUCCAAGCUCGCAAAGAUGCCGUAUUACUACAUCAUGCCGCUGGAUGCAACCAUGCCAGAAGCAAUAGCAACAGCCAUGGCACAUGAGGAUGUUUCCGACGUCCAGAAUUAUCUAUCAUGCAUGGCUGUCGGCUAG